CGUCGCGUUGUGUACAGACCACCAGAACAGCGAAGCAGUGAAAUCGCUGACAAACUUUUCACCAAAGCUAACCUACGUGGUUACACAUUUUCUUCAUGCACCGGGACGACAUUUUACUAGAUAAAUAAAAUCAUGCCUCCAAAAAAGAAAGGCGCGAAGGCUGCGAAGGGCAAGAGCCCUACGGUGGUGGAUGGCCUUUCCACAGAGGACAUGUCGAAGGAGCAGCUGGAAGACCACAUUGUCCGCUUGCGUGAGGAGCUGGACAGAGAGAGAGAAGAGCGUAACUAUUUCCAACUCGAAAGGGAUAAAAUCCAUACCUUCUGGGAGAUCACUAAACGACAGCUAGAGGAAAAGAAGGCUGAUCUCAGGAACAGGGAUAGAGAAAUGGAAGAAGCUGAAGAGCGCCAUCAAGUUGAGAUCAAGGUGUACAAACAGAAGGUAAAACACUUGCUGUAUGAACAACAAAACAGCAUUGCAGAACUCAAGACAGAGGGAGUAGUUGCCACCAAACUCAUGCAAAAAGAACACGGGGACCUGGAGAAUGAACUGCGGAAAGGCAUGCGCACCCUGAAAGUGGACCUCAGAGAACAGGAGCUUUCCAAUGAGAAUCUUAUAAAGAGCCUCAAACUGAAACAUGAUGAAGAAAUUACCAAGCUGAGAAAUGAUUUUGAGAGACAAGUACGAGAAAUAGAGGCUAAAUAUGAGAAGAAAAUGCAGGCACUGCGUCAGGAGCAAGAUCAGAGACGCAAGACUGAAAUCUCUGAUAUAGAGGAAAGGAAGAACAGCCAGAUUAACACACUGAUGAAAAACCAUGAGAAAGCUUUCAGUGAUAUUAAGAACUAUUAUAAUGAUAUCACUCUCAACAACCUAGCCCUCAUCAACUCAUUUAAGGAGCAGGUGGAUGAAAUGAAGAGAAAGGAGGAGAGAUUGGAGAAGGAGAUGGCAGAGGUGCAGCAGCAGAACAAGCGUCUGACUGAGCCUCUGCAGAAGGCCACUGAGGAAGUUGCCGAGCUCCAGAAACAGCUUGCCAAUUAUAAUAAAGACAAGGCUUCACUGGCGGGAGCCAAAGCUCGACUCAAGGUGGCAGACAAAGAAAUGAGGGACCUGAAAUGGGAGCAUGAAGUAUUGGAGCAGAGGUUCAGUAAGGUACAGCUGGAGCGUGAUGAACUGUACCAGAAGUUCACCAAGGCCAUCCAGGAGGUGCAUCAGAAGAGUGGCUUUAAGAACCUGCUUCUGGAGAGGAAGCUAGAUGCACUUACAGACACUCUAGAGAAGAAAGAGGCCCAGCUCAAUGAGGUUCUUUCUGCCUCAAAUUUAGACCACACUGCCCUCAACGUGGUCACUCGUAAGCUUGAGGAAGUGCUGGAUUCUAAGAACAUUGCUAUCAAGGAUCUACAGUAUGAACUCGCUCGUGUCUGCAAGGCUCACAAUGACUUGUUGAGGACGUAUGAGGCGAAGCUGAAAGCCUUUGGCAUUCCUGUGGAGGAGCUGGGCUUCAAGCCCUUGGAGAGCAGCGUGGCAAGGCAGACUCUGGGCCAGGGUCCAGCAGGCCUGGUGUCUGCACCUCUCUGACAAACUGCCUUAUGAGCCGCAUAACUCUUAUUCACACAAACUUUUACUUCUCUCACCCAGAGUGCCCUUACACCUGUCUUUUAUUUAUUUAAAUACAGUCGAAAUAAAAGAUUUUGAAAGGA